AUGCUGUCACAAGCUCUAGCUACCCAUGAAAGGCGCUCCAAUACACCAUUCCUUCUCUCAAAAGAGUCAUUUGACACACAUGUACACGUCUUCGAUCCCAAGCUUGGCCCAUAUGCGGCCGGGCGAGCAUACACUCCGGAGGACGCGCCGUUGCAAAAGUUACUAGCAUUAAAUCAGAGUCUUACAAGGAGCUACAACAACACUACCCUGGUGUUGGUUCAGCCAUCACCUUACAAGACUGACUGUUCGGUUAUGAUGCAUUGCCUGCGUGAAUUGAAGGACCGAGGCAUCAGCUCGUUCGGAAUUGCAGUGUUAGAUCUUAACUCUACUACCAAUGCGCAAUUAAGCGAAUUGCACGCCCUUGGAGUGCGAGGUGUUCGAUUAAACUUCCAAGCAGAUGGGAAAGAAGUCGACAUUACGCAUUUAGUAGCUAUUCUGAAUCAUACUGCAGACCGCAUACACCAUCUUCCCGGCUGGGCGAUCCAGUUGUUCGUUCCAGGGUGGACAUGGGACCUCCUGUAUGAUGCUGUUCGUGAGCUUCCCGUACGGGUUAUUGCAGACCAUCUAGGUGGCAUGCGUGGCGCAUCUAAGCUGCCUUCUGAUUUACAGUCGACGCCAACAUCCCAACCGGGAUUUCGCUCCCUCCUAUCAUUAGCGAAACAAUCGAUUGUCUAUGUAAAGGUUUCUGGGUUAUAUCGUAUGUCAAAUUGCUUAGCCUCGACCUUUGAUGACCUGCAGCCGAUCGUUCAAGUAAUGGCCAGCGAGAUUUCUAAUCAGAUUAUUUGGGGGAGCGAUUGGCCGCACACGGGCGAUGGACAUGAGCGGGUUAAACACUCAAUAGAAAACAAAGAACCGUUCAGGACGAUCGACAACCAUGCAAUCCUCCAAAGAUUGUAUGACUGGAUGGGAGAUGAUGCCUACUGGAAGAUGAUGGUGGAUAACCCAGGCCGGCUGUAUAUGGAUUGA